AAUUUCGGCUUGCCCAAAAUUGAGAAAAAUCCCUUUCCCACUCAACCCACUGAGCCCAAUAAUAUUUAACUUGAACCUCCUCCUCAGUCCUCCCUAAAAAAACCCCAAAAGACAUACCUAGCUACCUCCAAACUCCAAACUAUUUUGUGCAGAAAAAACCAGAGAGCUAGAGCAACAAAAUGGGCAAAGCCAUUGUUGCUACCGGUUCCAUCAUGUUGUUGAUGGCAAUACUUGUUCAUGGCGUUUCAGCGCAGCUGGCACCGGCAUCGGCCCCAGCCCCGGCAACGACUGAUUGCGAAACAAGCCUGCUGGGGCUGUCAGAUUGCCUGACGUACGUGGAGGAAGGCAGCAAUUUGACCAAGCCAGAUAAGCCGUGCUGUCCGGAGCUGGCGGGGCUCGUGAAGGACAACCCCAUCUGCUUGUGCUACUUGCUCGGCAACACCAGUAACAGCUAUGGCAUUCAGAUUGACAUGAACAGGGCUCUCAAGCUUCCUACUGUUUGCAAAGUUGAUACUCCCCCCGCUAGCACUUGCGCAGUUCUGGGAAUCCCAGUGUCUGCUCCCAUAGCUUCUGAAGGGCCUAACUCUCCUGAUUUUGCGGAAUCACCUGAAGGACCUACUGCGGCUGUCGGUUCACCAGAAGCCAAUAAAAUUAAAAAUGGAGCUUCGAGGACUGCUGACUCUGUUAUGGCUCUCCUUGGUGGCUUAGCUAUUGCAUUUCUUCCCGCAUUCUUCUGAUUUUACUACAUUUGCUGAUUUAUUUUGUUUCAAAUUUAUUUGAAAGAUGUUUAUUUAAUCGAUUGUUGUUGCAUUGCCAGAUGAUAUGUGGUUGUUAUUGACUCUAAUAAAUAUAUAUAUGCUAUAUUUAGGAAUUUUAUUUAA